AUGAUUGAAGUGGAGUCAGAAGAAGAUGCGGAGGAAUCAGAGGAGAGAGAGGUUGCAGUUGCGGAAAUGGCAAAAUUAAAGCACCCCAUCAGUUGUAAAACUCUUACAAAACCUCCAAGGGAUCAGAAGCCGCCACCAUUCACAGGAGGGUUUGUUCCAAAUAAACCCAUGCAGAACAAAGUGUAUUCCUUCGAUCUGACCAAAGUAGAUGCCUUGUUCGAUGAGAUGUUGCUACAGAAAGCAAUAGAGACACCUCACAGGAUGCCCAAGCCAGAAGAACUCAAGGGCAGACAGUAUUGCAGAUGGCACAAUUCUUGGAAUCAUUCUACCAAUAGUUGUGUUGUUUUCAGAGAUGUCAUACAGGAAGGAAUAACAGCAGGAAGGCUGAAGCUAGCAGAGAAAACCUCCAUCUGUCACCACAGAUCCUUUUCCCCAGCCACAAGUUAA